UGUGGCUUAGUCUGAGUGGAAUUACUUAAAGCGCCAGGAUUCAGACCCUCCAAGAACACAGGUUGGUGUAAAACCUUGGGGUCAGUUCCACAAUCUUGGAAUCUCUUUCUUCAGGGCUCACAUCUCAGCUACCUGUGACUCCUCCUCACAGCAGCCAUGGCCAUGAUUGCCGCCAAAGCUGCUGCCACUGUGGCCGGAGGAGUCAUCGCUGUAGUGGUUGUGCCCAUGGGGGUCAGCGCCCUGGGCUUCACCGCCGGAGGAAUCGCCGCCAACUCUGUGGCAGCCAACAUGAUGUCGUUAGCAGCCAUCGCCAAUGGGGGAGGAGUUGCUUCAGGGAGCCUGGUGGCCAUUCUGCAGUCAGUGGGAGCUGCUGGACUCUCCCUGGCCUCCAAAGUCAUCGUGGGCACUUUUGGGACUGCUGCUAUGGCGGGCAUCAUGCGGCUGAUCCCGUAACACGUCCAUGGCCUUCCCACUGCAGAGAAGAGGAUCACCCCGGGGAGAGGUGGUGCUGCCCAGCCAGCCUGCUUAGGCCAAGUACAGGUCCUAGGGUUACAAUGCCCGAAUGCCGCCCCCGGGGGAAAUCAGAAUAAAAAUGAAUUGUGACUACCUGUC